GUUUGUGUCUUGAAAUAUAGAUCUUUCCUCUGUGGGUAGAAGACAGCUAUCAAUUUUUAAUUAUCCGCUUCUGCUUAUUCAGCCCUUCUGAACAAUUUAUGGAAAACCAUAGUAGUACUCUGCUUCCCAUCAGACUGCAUUAACUCUAAUUCUUAUAAACCUUGUGCCAGCUGUGUAAGUGGGAAAUGGAAACAGGAAAGCAUUGGAAGAGUGAAUUUCUUCCCAGAGUUUGUCCAUUUUGCAGAUUACAGAAAUGCCCCAGUGUAAAGAACAAGUUUUUAUAUAUAUGUGUGUGUGUGUGUGUGUGUGUGUGUGUGUGUGUGUGUGUGUGUGGGUAUUGCUGAACAUGUUUUCUGAAACACUUGAAUCUACUUGGCCCUGGUACUCAUCGACUAGGUUUCAUCUUUCUAUCCUAUUUAUUUAUAGUGACUUUAGGCCCCGAGGUGUUCUGUCACACAAAGAAGAACACGUUCAAAGUGUCAAGAAGACUCAAAAGUGCUGUUAAAGUCUCCUCCUGCCAUCUAGUGGUCUGAAAAAACCCUCUCUUUAUUGCUUAAUAAUCUUAAGAACUGAAAGGUUCUUCAGCUUCUGUUUGCCUGUGGGAAAUGGUGGGUUGCCACAUGUUCCCUCUUUAGUGCGUGUAGUUUCUGAGAUUUAGGUAAAAAGGAAGCCUGUAAAAGUAGCUCUUGGGAGUUGGGCAUUUUUGUUUUAAAGCCUAUAUUUCAAAUAUGUGGUUUUUGGGAGAGAAUAUUUGGAGAAUUGAUCUAUUAAAAACAGAAUUGCAAAAGAGUGAAAGCUGAAUAGUUUAGAGGAAAAUAGAUUUAAUCAGCCCAUCUAAAAAUAUUACUUCUAACACCUGCUUGACUAAUGAGGCUUUGGAUAAGUGAGCACAAUUAUGUGUCUGAGACCCUUGUUUGCCUGAAUAAUGUGAUGUCCAUACAUUAGUCACUUAUCCCGUAUAUCCUUCUCCUUAAGAGUUAUAUGAGCUGUGCAGCAAAAUUAGAUUUGGUAAUUCCCAACUGCCCUAGAUUUAAGAAGAUGGCAGUCACUUCUUCCCCUUCUUCCACUAAAUGCUUUUUUAUUGUCCUGACACCUCAUUAAAAAGUUUGUGUUUCUCACUUUAUUUUUUCUGUAUUAUUUUGAAUGCCCUCGAGUGCACUAUUGUUAAAUUCCUGCAUAUGCUUUCCUAUAUAGUACACUUAAAUGUGAAGUGAAAAAUAUUUUAAUACUUGGAAGCAUUCCAUUGACACAGAAAACACUGAAAGAUAAUAUCCAUGUAGGAGGAGAAAACGUUGGCUGUAGUUGCUCUGACAAAUACUUUCCUGAAAAGUAGCAGAGGAUGGGUGGGUUUCCAUGUGGAACAGGCGGUGUUUGCUUUUGAAAGAGCCAGGAGGUACAGCCGUGGUUCUACAGGCUUUGCCGUGUUUCAGAACUGAUGCUUAAAACUCCCUGGUGUCCCCUUCCCCUCUUUAGCCAUCUACUCAUUUUUGAUGGACAGACAGCUACCUUCACCCUUUACAAUCAGCAGACUGUGCUUCACUUCAAAAUAUGUGGCCCUACCUGGGUAUGUUAUAACACUGCCCUGCUGAAAGGGACCUAAAACAGAGACCAUUCAUCCCAAACAGAAUCCUUAUUCAUGGAUCAGACUGUAAGUGACUUGGGCUCCAACCUCAAAAAGUUAAUUGGAGCCUAUACAUAAUUAAAGCUGCGUUCUCACUUUCCUAAAUCAUUUAGCCUGGAAUCUUUACAACAUGUUGGUUUGCAGCUCCCAUUUUCUCAAAGACCCAUAGUGUAAGAAUGACAAAAAUGUUGAACAAAUUAGAACAGCCAACUGAGUGUUGUAGAAGAAACUGUUGGAAAUAACAUCUAAAUUGUGUUUUGGGUGUUUUUUAAUAUAUAAAGUAUUUUGAAUGAAAAGGUUCAGAGAAGGUCAAUGUUUUAUUAGCAGCUAUAAAAAAUGAUGGGAGUGAUUAACUUUACCAUUUCUCUCUACAAGAAAACCUCUAUUUUGAGCUUUUCUGUUUUAGUAUAAAUUCUCCAUAAUGGUCAAAACUAUCUGCUGGCUGGCUUCCAUCUCAGCUGGAGUCCUGUAAAAUUUUCUCACUGUUUCUUCCACAGCAGUAACAGUAUGAUACUUCAGAAAAAUAAAAAUUUUCUAUCAUGUGAGAUCCCUGCUGUGACCUCCCAAUUUUAACAAUUAUCCCCUAUAUUCCAUUCAGUGAAGUUAUUUGGGAAGGAAAAAAGAAAAAUAAUUUUGUGCCUUUUACUCAAAAGGAAUGUAGAAAUAAAGCCCUGACCUCUGCAUUGUCACUUCCUUCAGCAUUCUUUUGCUGAUAAUUACAGCAAUAACUAGCAUGGAUUAUUAACUAUGAGGGGCAUGGGUGCAUUACUGAGCAACAGGGUAGGGUUUAUAUGAAUGCACCUCUUUAUUUAGAAUAGAAAACUGGCAAGUUACCAAAAACAAAAAGCUUUACCACCUAAUUAAAUUAAUAGUCUGUUAAAACCAUCAGGGGCUAGCAGGAGAGGUGGUAGUAUAGUGUUCAUUCCUGGAGCUAGAUUUGUGCUACCUCCUGCUGUGCCUGUUUCUUGGAGCAGGAGGUCUCUUCCCCCACUUACUUCAGUUCUUCCUAGGAUAGUGUAAGAAGUUUGAGGAAAUACUUAAAUGAAUCUCAUGCGAGAUUAACACCUCUGAGAUUAUAUGUAGUCCCUUUAUGAAGAUUAAAAUGUUGCAACCUCUUUUUAACUUAAAAAAUUUAGCAAAUAUACAGCCACAAUUCUGGAAUUAAGUCUUCAGUUUACCUAAUUAUGUUAGAAUACUUAGUCAUACAAUUUUGCUCAGAGUCUUGAUUUGGAAGUUGUUCUUUAUAUAUCAAACAGGCCAUACCUGUGUGCCUUUUUAUCUGAGGGAAUUUUAAAAUGUAAGGUAGACAGUCAGAUGAAGAAUAUCCCAGCUCUUGGUGCCAUGUAGUACAGUCAAUGUGCAACAAAUAGUUUCCAGUUUCUCAUAUUUCCCCACUCAUUUCAGUAAUUAUGUCUUGUAUUAUUCCAGUCUCAAGAUAAAACCGGCAGAUUUCUAGAUUAUCCUAGGUGGAGCAAACAAAAAGGAAAGUUUGUUAGCUGAAGAAAACUAGUCCCAGAUUCGUACACACAGCUUGUAAGCCUUACCACUUUAGAUGUAUUGAUGACACCAGGAACCAGCUAUGGUUGUGACCAUAUGUAGCCACAUACCCAUUAGUGUGGUCAGGAGCAUGUUGUUUCUUCUGUGCACUGGUGGUUCUGCCUCGGGAGCCAACAGGCACAGUGCUUUACAAUGAAUGCAAAGUACCAGGGUAGCUAGAUGCUUUGAGCUGCACAACUGGGAUACUUUUUUGAGUAUUAAAACUCAGCAGGAGUUUUAAAACUACUGCAGAAGUAGCCAACUUUCCGAUCUUUCAUGGGUCAUUUCUUUUAAGACCACCACAUAUGAUAGUACUUCACCUAAACUGCCUACUUGGGUGGAGGUGGUGCUCAGCAGUUGCGGCAGGUUGUGUGCAUUAGCCCCCAAAACAGGUUGGCAGAAGCAGGCUUCAGGAGCCCUUUUCUUCAGGGUUCUCCCAGUCUUGGCACUAGCACCACCUAUCACAUUGCAUGGUGCUGCUCAGCCCUUUCUUCCACUACAGGUAGGAGCCUGCGUAACAGUCUCGCUUAAGGAAUCCCAUCUAUUUCCAGGCCUUUCCAUACCACCUUGUGCAGAUUUUUUCAUUCUGCUGUUGUUCCUAUAGAGGUCAGGUUUUCUGCCCUGUAGCUGGCCCUGUACAACUACUUCCUUGUGACCCAGAAAGCAACUGCUUUGGAGACAGCCACUUUUGACAUGAUUUCCUUUGUUCGCACAUGUGUUCAGUGCCAGUUUCUCUAGUUCUGCCACUUUUUUUUUUUUUCCUUAAAUGUGCUUCCAUGCUGGUAGUAACAUUCACACCUGUGAACAUCCAAACAAUGACUCUGUUAAUACGGUGUUCUUUUGGUGAUCAAAUCCUUGUGUGAGGCUUAAAAAAAAGGAAGUCUGUUUCUUUCCUGGUCUCCUAUCUGUAAGAAGUCAUGUCCAACACAGCAAAUUCAAAGUAAAAAGGGGGAGAGGGGGACUUUAGUCUUGCAUACUUCAUUGCAAGGCCACAGGAUAAACUGAGCUAACUGAGUAGCAACAUAAGACUAGAGAAUGUAGCCUGGGAUAAGAAGUUCAGUCCCCUAGUGUGUCAGCUAACCACAUUUUAUGACUCCUUCUGAGACUUAUCUUAAAACCCAAUAGGGUCUGUCUGAUGUUUUUGCUCCUGCUGUUCCUACUGGAAGGCUAUCCCACUAUUUCACUGCUCCAACAGUUACAAACCUAAGUUGCUGUCUGAAUUUCUUCUUGGCCAGAUUAUAUUCAUUUGAUCUUGUGCUGAUAUUGUUCUCUAUAUUGUCCCCUCCCCAUUGUAUUUAACCCCUUAAGGCAUUCAUACCAACUAGUUAUUGUUCCUCUGCCUUUAUUUUGGUAAGCUUAGUAAGGGUCUUCCAUUCUUUAGGACAGACUCUGUUCUGCCCCCUUGCCCCAUUAGCAUUUUGCAUUUCAGUUCAUUUUUGCUGUAAUAGGAGAGAAUAUAUAUUCCUAUAAAAGAAAUAUUCACCAUAUUCCAGAUGAGGUCUUAUCAGAGUUUGUAUGCUAGCAUUAGCAUUUAACCUAUUUACUGGAAUUAUCUUGCCCACUGCAGCCUCAUGUUGUGGUCCUGUAGAUCCUAUAAUCAAAUGGGAUACUCAGUUUUCUCUGUUAUUUACAGCAGAUGAGCUUUUGUCUCAGCAGAGACCCUAGGUACAUUCGAUGCUCUUAAAUCCCAUUCUGUUCCUGCUGCACCAUUUUCUGGAUCAUUCAGUUGUUCCUGUAUGAUAUCGCUCUCUAUAGGAAUGAUUCCUUCUAAGUUUGUAUCUUCAAGAAAUACUAGUUUAUUUUUGUGUUCUGUUUAGCAGUCAUUUAAUUCUUCAAUCCCUUUUCUUCCCAUUCUGUUGAUAUCACUGGAACUGGAUUUUGCAAAGAAAAAUGUCUGGCUGAAAGUCUUCUACCAUUCACUGUCCUUACCAGUUGAUGUUACUCUUUGGAAUGACUCCUAAAAUAGUAGAAGAAAUUCCCUGUCACUGGGUUUGUGCAGUUUAUUGCUUCUGUUCUGUAAUUACUCUGAAAUAACCUGUAGCUAUUCUAAUAAUUUUUGCUGUGGUUUCCACUAUGUCUCUUUGUCCUUCACAAAGCUGUAAUCUUAACAGUCUAUCCAGCUACGUGUCACAAGAGGAACUGCUCUUUCCUGCGUCUUCCUCUUCAAUCACCAAGUGAGAUGUAGGAUCACCAAGAAACAAAUAGGAACAUUUGGGGCAGGCUGGCAUUAGGCAAGACAUAGAUGAAGUGGGUAGCUAGAUCAGCAAAAUUAAGAAACAGUAAGGCUGCAGCAUACAGUGUUGGCUGCACACUGAAAAACCAAGCAGGAUUUAUAUGAGCAUGCACGGAGCUGGAUAUGUGGUUUGCCAAGGCUAAACCAUACAGUAGUUCACUUGUAACAUAAGCAAUAAUGAACCAACCCCGUGAAUUGCAUGGAGAAUCAUCACAGCAUUUCCUGCUGCUUUGCUACAGUAAAAUGACCAAAUAGGAGGCAGCAGAGUAACAGCUGCUGUUCCAGGUGUUCUGCCACCCAAGCAAUGAUUGUACUUGCAUUCACACACUCAAUAUGAAGGGUGCUUUCAACUGAUAGAUAGCAUGGACAGUGAUGCUUGGACGCUGCCCUGCCUGUUCAUUAAUGUUACCCAGUAGUGCGUCAGCCCAUCCAAAAGCAUCCCAAGCUGAAGGAAAGCUGCAUGUUUUCUGUACAUCCUCAAGCCUUAGCUUCUGGUCUGAUUAAUGCUGCCCAGAUGCUUGAUUAAGUGUGGUUGAUUACAUCAUUAUUUCUCUAUGAUCUGGAGCCAGAACUGCUGGAUUAGAAGGAAACACAUCGUCAAGGAUUUAUCUGUUAGAUCCAAGGCAGGUAUCUUCUGAUUAAAGUACUUCCAAUGAUCAAGUUUUUUAUGAUGGUUUUUUUGUGUGUAAAGGUAGAAUUGCCUUUCUGUUCUUUGUCUUUUUAAUGCUCUCAGAAAUAUUUUCAAUACCAAAGAAGAGAGCUCUUCUCAGCACAGCAGAAGUUGACAGACCUACAAAAUAAAGUACAUAAUUCCAGAGAACCGUAGACUCAGCGUCUGAAAGACAGUCAGAAACUAUGCAUAUAAUAUUAGGCUUUUUUAAGUGCAGCUUUUGAAAUAGAAAGCUGUUCCUAGUUAAGAUACCAUUACUUGGUGUUCUCAUGAUGAGAGGGUAUUAUGCUGUAACUGGCUGGCAAUAAGCGAAAUGCAAUUUCUCCUCUUCUGCUUCUCUCCUCACACUCUAAAGAAAUGAAGGAGAAAGUGCCUUCUUCCAUUCAUCGUUAGAAUUAAUAUAGGCUGGAAAAUAAUAUUCAGCUUCAGACAUAGGAGUGUCUCUAAGUAUUUGGGGAUAGUGAAUGCACUCACUCAAGCUUGACAAAAGCAUGUUCUGAACAAAACAUUUCCUAGCCAUAGAAUUAACCUAAACUUGAAGCAAGACAACUUUUUCAAGUUUUACUUCCUUUGGGGUAGGUUGGGGCUUUUUUCCAGGUCAAAACGUAAAACGGAACAACAAUAUAGAAGACCUAGAAAAUCAGUUAUUUCCCAGCUGUGACUAUAGCUGGAGAUAAAUUUCUGUGGAUUUGUCCAUAAAUAUUGUAAAUUUUAAUCAGUGCUUUGCUGAAUAACAGUGCUUCAGCUUUCUGAGUGUUCACUGAAAGACAGACAAAAACUCUAUCUCUCCCUCCAAAACCUUUUCUAGCUUUCACAGGAAAAAUCAUAUUGUAAAAGAAUUAAAAAUGUGAAUAAUUGCAGGGUGAUUUUCCAGAGUUUCUACACAGCCUGAAAUAAUAGUUCUGAGGGGCACAAAUGGGAUGUUAAAUGUUGAAAUUUUAACAUGACAUUUAAAAUGUUACUAUUGCUAAUUACUUUAAGUGAUCGUUAUUCCAGCAGGAAUUUACAGCCAGUGUGCUUACCCUGGAUUCCCAAACUAUGAAUUUUUAUGCUAUCAAAUAUGUCUACAGCUAGCCAGAUCUUCAGCUUCUCCCAUAACAACUUUUUAAAGCAGUUACGAUGAGCAGAACAGAAUCUUUCUUAGAGGUAACCUUUCAUGAAGGAAAAGUUAACUUUUCAUUAAAUAGAGAAAAACAGAAAAGACGUUUUUCAUUUUUUUGAAUAGGAAAGAUAUCUUGCUUAUAAAUUGAUUAUAAAAAUUGCAGUUAAUAAAUACCUGGUUUCAUUUCUACAGUAAGAGAGUAUAGAAGCUCUAAAGAUCUUCCUCUGUCUGCACAUGGGAUUUUUAAAACAGCUCUACAAGUGUGAUCCUUUAUUGUCUAUCUCCUUCUUAAAAAUGAUAUCACCUCUGGUUGGCAUGCAGCCUUCCCUGAUAGCAGGGAUGAAAUGGCUGGUGGUCACUCCAGGAGCUACCCUACUUUGAGAGUGUUUUGCCAUUGCAAUGACAACUGCUCCCAGGGAAUUUUUCUUUGGGGGUGUAUCACUUAAAACAUGGCACUACCAUCCUUCCCAGCCCCUUCCCUUGCCAGUUCCCGGUGCCCUGACAGCUUUCCCUCAGCAGUGUCUUCCCAACCCCAGCUCAGAAUUGGCAUAAGUGGUCCUGAGGAGGGAGCAUGGAGUCCUGCUUCCCACCACUGCAGCUCACUAGCCCACCUCCUAAGGGCAAGAGGAGGUAUCUGCUUCCUGCUAGUGGAGACCUCCUCCCUCUCCUGACCGCAGGUAUGGGCUAGGGGAAAUCCAGCCAUAUGAAGAAACAAGAGGAAUGCAGUUCCCUGCUAAAUAUCAACAAGGAAGGGAUCAGCCGAAAGGGCACAGGACUACCAUUGCUACAGUGAGUCUACUCCUUUGCACUGCCACUGCUGUGAGGAAGGGCUGAGAGGCAGUGAAAGAGCUUGAAGGGGUGGUCUGCGAGGCAGAGGUAAAAGGGCACCAGGUGACAGGCCAUCAAAAAGGUGCUGACGGGGUGUGGCGGGGAAGGGAACAAAAGACGUUUGGGAUUUAUUUACUUUUCAUUUAAGCAGGUAUGGGCAGGGUGAUGGAGGGGUCACCCCUAAGCAGUUCAACAAGAAAUGCAUUAUGGCUACCAUGUAAAAAUGCAGACCUCAGGGGAAUUACAGGAUUAGUUCAAACAGGAAUCAAAUAACCACUGGGGCUAUGGUUAUUCGCUUUCACAAGAGGCAAGAUACUUCCUUCUUUUAUGCUGUGGGCUGCAGUUUAUAGGCAUACCUUCCUGUAUGUGGCCAUAGUCAGCAAUGAGUGAAGCAAUCUCUGCUUACACAGGUUUAUAGAUCUUCACUUACAAGGAAGAAUUCCAUACAGUACUUUUCAGAGAUUAGACAGUCAGACUAAACAUCUAAAUUUCACAUGUAAAAUUACUUCUUGACUGUUGUUUCCCUCACUAUACUGCUGUGUGGAUAACAUUUUUCAUUUAGUUUUAUGCUGUUUAGAAGGGUGGGGGAUCAUGUGACCAAAUUUAGUUGUCUGUCAGGUCUUUUAGGGUGUGAUUUAUCUCAUCCUAAAAUAGAUGUCUAGUUUGGGUGUGGACACCUACCUACUAGAGGUCCAAAGUUUGGUGAAAUGAUGCCAUCUAAAAUGUUUGCACGGUGUAGCUGCUGGCUCUCUUGACUGACAAUGGCAUUGCCUGGAGAGUACUGCUUUUCUUUGUAGCCGUAGGCUUGGCUGAUUAAAGUUUGUGUAAUGAGCUCCCUAAAAUAAAAGUGAACCAGCUGGUAUUCUGGACAUGGGCUGAGAGGUGAGCUGGGGAGAAGAAGUACCUUCUGCCUGCAGUGGUGCAGGGGGGCUUUGAUGGGAGCAAGCUCCAGCCCUUGGUUGCAGUGACAGGCACAAAAGAUUCAAAGCUAAAUCCUUAACAAAGAGACCUGGGAAUCCUGCUGACACUUUACUUUUCCAGAUCCCAAAUGCAGAUCCCCUAUAGACUCACUCAGCUGUGGCAGUAUACAGGGGAUGUCUAAAGUAUCUGGGUGCCAAAAUGCUGAAGCUCCUGAAAUACGCUUUCUGCCACUGAGUACUGUGGGUUCAACUAAAUUUUAAUGGUGCCUUGCUUGUGUCUAGAUCCUAGUGGAACUUGCAAUUUAAGCAUUUCUCCCUGUGUCUUGCUUCAAAGAUUGAAUCCUUUGAGCCUGUCCAGAACCCCUGGACUCUGUAUGAACUAUACCAGGCUUUGAACAAAUCAUGAAGAGAAGGAAUAAGUAAUUAAUUCAGAUCCACAUUAGGAUUUUUCUUUUUUCUUGAUCUGGAGCAAGAAUUUAAACCCAGCUGUCUCAGGAGAAUGUCCUCAUAUCACAAAGGGAGGAGCUAUUUUGUGUAGGGCCUUUCCUACUGGAAAUGUUCUAGCUGAACAGAGCUAGCCAGAGCGCCCUUGAAGAUCAAGCAUGGAGGGUGGGACCUAAAAGAGCCCGUACUCUGAAGACUAUUUAAUUCCAGAGUUGGUCUCUCGGCUUCUCCUGUUGACAUGGUUCCACCUAAUAUAAAAAAUAUCACAUCGUAGGUAUGAGACUGUCUCCUGUUACAGGAGAGUAUUCUAACAACUGUGCUGUAUAAAGUUCAAAGAAUGGUUUUAAGUACCCCAAUCUGGUACUCGGCAGUGGAAGAAACAGAGAAGUGAGUACAGGGUUAGUAUACUAACUACAGGUGACUGUUACACUACUGGCAGGAGAAUGAGGAAGUAACUAUGAAUGUUUCUGUUUAACCAACAGAAAGCCACACAUUUCCUUACAGGUAUUUAGAAAUACUAAUUUCCACUAAUUGUGGAUUGCAAGACAGGAGUUUCUUAAGAUUUUUGUCUCUUCCCUGUUAGUAACUGAAUAAUUCUGGUUACUAAAGUCAACUUAUAAAUGAGAGGGUGAAAAAAACAAGGCAAAUCUAAAGGUUUUAGCUGCAUUUAUCAUGAAGAGGUUGAGACCUUUACUAUGAAGCUAUGGUAUUUAGGUGUCCCUUUGCCAGUUACUUACUGCCCUCAACAGAGGUCAGAAAAGAUCUGAAGACCUGAAUUUCUAAGUCUAGUAAAAAACAAGCAGCUUUGAAUGUCAUUUAUCUGCUUUUGGUAGUUCAGUUUGCCUAUGCCCACUGAAUAAACUGUACAAGCUGAACCUCAGGGUUUUCCAGUUUAGCUGUAAAACCCACGUGCUCGUAUUAGUUCUGUCAUCAAAGCAAGAACACUAUUGUAGGCACUGGCGGCUAGUGCAGAGGGUAUUUCAUGCUUCAUCAUUUGGGAAGAUCUUAGACAAGGCCUGAUGGAUUCAUCAAGGGUGUUAAAGAGGCUGCAUCUGCAUCUUUCCUCCCCAGUUAGGCCUGCUCGAUGCACUCUGCAGUCCUUCUCACUAGUGAAUGGCUCCGCAGUCCCACUGCAUCUGCCUAAUAAAGCCAGCUUUGCUUCAGGCACUGUAUAAGAACACAUAGCAAGCAGCAUGACAAGUUUACUCAUAUUGAUAUACGAAUGAUAUAUUGAUGUAUUUCAGUCCUUGACUAGAAGAACCACCUUUGCAGAGUCAGGAUAGUUUAGUAAUCAUGCCAGUUAAAACUUCUUCAUCUACUGAAGGCUAUUUUUGUUAGGUUGUUAAUGGUGAUAAAUUUAUAAAGAAUGGUAACUAUGCAAUAAGAACAGGACUUUGAUAUUGAUAAUACCUGGUAACAAAUCUGAGUAGCUGAGUCCCUUUUCAGCCAACUCCCUUUUCAGUAGAUAUUAGGACAGAAUUUAAACAAGAUUCUUCUGACAUAAUGUUACUCUGUCCUCCUAUGCUAAGGUAGUUUCCACAUAGUAUAAGAAAUUUGACAUGUUUGGAGUGAUGCUGUAAGUAUUGGGAAAUUCCCAAGUAACUAAGAUGGGUUUUGGAUUACUACAGGGCAGAGGAAGAGGAACCAAAAGGGCGUGGGGAAGGGUUAAAAAAAGAGACAAAUGCAGGAGAGCCUGCAGUCUCACUGUUUAGAGACUGUGCAUAGUGCAUUGACAACAUGAAGUUUUUCCUAAUCCUUGGGUUUUGCCUCCUACCCCUGAUUGCUCAGGGGAAAGUCUUUCAAAGGUGUGAGCUGGCAGCAGCUAUGAAGAAACAUGGAUUGAGUAAUUACCGGGGAUACAGCCUGGGACACUGGGUUUGUGCAGCAAAAUAUGAGAGCAACUUUAACACAGCAGCCAUAAACCGUAACCGCGAUGGAAGUUCUGACUACGGGAUUUUGCAGAUCAACAGCCGUUGGUGGUGCAAUGAUGGCAGGACCUCAGGGGCCAAGAAUUUGUGCAAAAUCUCAUGCUCAGCCUUGCUGAGCUCAGACAUAACAGCAUCUGUGAACUGCGCAAAGAGGGUUGUCAGCGAUAAAAAUGGCAUGAAUGCAUGGGUCGCAUGGCGCAACCAUUGCAAAGGAAGAGAUGUCUCCCAGUGGAUCAGAGGCUGCAGAGUGUGAGGCAUUGAUGUUUAGCAGAGCUUCUUCUCCAUUCGAAUGAACAGCUUUCACACAAAGCAAACUGUUUCUCCAGCAUGCUUCUUUAUACAGCUGAUUAUGAUCAAAAUAAAUUCAGGAGAAUUACUGCAACACAGCUAAUUCAUGAAGAGUCCAUGUUUUAUACCUUGCUGAUGGAAUGGCUGAUAUUUCCACCCAGCUCUCUGGCUUGUGUUCAGUACCGCUUAGUUGUUAUUUUUGCUAUGUGUAGACAUGAGCACAAAUCUCUUUUAACUGAAAUCUUGUUGUUAGGUUUUGUGACUGCAUACUAAUAUGUUAUCUGCUUGACAGUUUAAACGUAUUAACCAUUAAAAAUAUCUGCAAAUUG